AUGGCUCCUUCCACUCAGCAGGUUGCAGUUGCAGCGCUGGCUGCUGCAGGCUGCACUGCCUUUGUUGCGACUCCCAGCACUGUGCGAGGACCAGCUCUCCGCAGCGCCGCCCAGGGACAGGCCAAGGCCUCGUCCUCCUCUUCCAUGGGGGCCGGCCUGGCUAUCUGCGGCCUCGGUGCUGCAGCCGCCGUCGCGGCACCCAGGAAGGAGAAGGCAGCACUCUCCCUGCGCGCCCUGACACCGGCGCAGGAGCUCAUCGCCGGCACCGGCGGCCCCAUGCCCGAUAUGUUCUGGGACCCAGCAGGCAUUAGCGCCAGGGCCACAGAGGAGGAGAUCCUGAAGUACCGAGCCAUUGAGCUGAAGCAUGGCCGUGUUGCCAUGCUCGCAGUGCUGCACUGGUUCCAUGUCGCUGCAGGCUACCACCUCCUUGGUGACUAUGCCAUCGGUGAGCGCAUGAGCGACGAUCCCCUCGUCAGCUUAACCCAGCUGCCCAUGGGAGGCAUGUGGCAGGUCAUUUUCACCAUCAUGUGCUUAGAGUGGCUGACCACCUACAUCUGCAAGCCUCCCGCGGACCGACCCUGGGAUGUGCUCGGAUGGAAGGGUAUCAUCGUCGAGGACUACCCGUCCGAGAUCUGGAACGGCUGGAAGCGUGUGCAGUGCCAGGAGCUGAACAACAGUCGACUAGCUAUGGUGGCCAUCACCGGACUCAUUGCCCAGGACGUGGUCACUGGCGACUAUGUCGCAGGUGUGGGCAAGCUUUGCGGUGGUCUCGAUGUCUGCCAGGUGCCCGCCGUCCAGCCCGAAAUGUGGGAGUUCCCUCCUCUGGAUGAUGCAGUCCUCAAUGCCCCAGCCUGGAAGCUCCUUCCGGACAUUCCUUGA